ACUGCACAAAAGUAUUCGAAAACUUUAAAAAAUAUACUGGUAUCGAGUAACUAGUAGUUCUAAAUUACAAGCAUAUAUGUAUGUACAUAUGCUCGAAAGCGGUGACUUACACAAGCACCGACGCAGUUGUGAAAUAUAAUCAAAAUGGCUCAGUUGAGCAAUUCUUUUGUGAUGAAUACGAAAUUGACUUCUCGAUGGAAUCCCAUCCCAUUUCCAUUUUUCAAAACAAAGGCAAUUGGAUACUACAGCAUCAGUGGAGGAGUGGACCGUAAAUUUUAUGACGACGCAAGAUACUUGACUUAUUAUUCGAAGAAACCAGCUCCGCCGCUUGAUCUCAAUGCUGGCAUUGAACAGGUCGUUCGUCAUGGCAAUGAUCCCGAUCAUUAUCCCUUAUACAUGGUCUGCCAGUACAUCAGUAACCACCGGGAGUUGCUGCGCGCUACCGAUUCGGGAGAAUUGAUCCUGGACGCGGAUUUUGUAACACGACGUGGCAUCUUGUCCAUCAUUAUGUGCACUCCUUAUAUACACGCGAGUAACUAUCGUUUCAUGGCAUCAUACUUAAACGGCACCACUUACAUUUCUGCCGUUUCAAUGAAGGAGACUUUGUCCAAGACAGCCUUAGAUCGGUGCUCUUGGGGAUUUAAGUUCGAACAGUAUUGCACUUCAUGUGAGCUCCAUAUUGAAAAAUUUAGUGUUCUAUUCCUAUUUCCAUGUUAUUUCGAUUCAGAUGAUCCCAACGUUGAGCCCGAUACGAGCAUGCCUGUGAUUGAGGAUGAGGAUUUUAAUUGCAUCUUUCGCGCGCAGUUGGGGGAGCUGCGUCUUAUGUUUGCUGCUGAAAUGGACGGCUUAAGAAGUAAUAAGAAGGUGGAUCUACGUAUACCAGAGGUUUUGGACUCUACUGAUUUUGUAGAGAUGAAAACGGGCAUAUACGAGAAAACCCCUCGGCAGCGGCAAGCAUUCGAGAGCUACACAUCACUUAAAUGGUGGUCCCAGUCCUUUCUUUCAGGUGGAAAAACCAUUGUUGAGGGUUUGCGUGAUGCCAAUGGGAUUGUACGCAAAAUCAACGAACAUGAAGUUGCCGAAAUUCCUAAAAACAAGCCAUGGAAACGGAACCUAUCUGCUGUGUUCCUAAAACACUUUUUGGAAGAGGUGAAGCAGAUUUUGAAGGGCAUCGACGAUCCCUACGCUGUGGUUCAGUUCGACUUCGAGCCGAUGGAAGGUCUCUUUAUAUACCAUAAAUUACAGGGACCCAAUGUACAACAAAUUAUACCGGAUUUUUAUCGUCAGAUGAUGCGAGGAACAGCCAAUUCUACACAAAUUUGAUACUACAGUAAACCGCCAAGCGUUGGAAUUUAAUUUUUAAUGUUACAUACAUAUUUGAAAACGUCUAAUUAAGUUGCAAAUAUAAUUUCGCAAAUCAGCCAUGAAAGGUCACGUAGAAUAAAUAUCAUGGUAUAAUUCCA